ACCAACUCGGACCGCGCGCAUAUGGAGUGGGCGCUGGAGCGGCUGGGCGUGGAUGAGGCCGUCUUCGACGCCGUCGUGUGCUUCGAGACCAUGAACCCGCACCUGUUCGGCGACUACGCGCACGCCGUCGACCGGCGCCCGGCCAAACCGGUGGUGGAUGCAAUCGUCGCCGGGCUGCGCGCCGCCGGCUCCAACCCACGCCGGACGCUGUUCCUGGACGACAGCGAGAGGAACAUCGCCACGAGGAAAGCGCUCGGCCUCCGCACCGCCCUGGUACGUAACACAACCAUCCUCACCGUUCUGUUCUCCAACACGUUUCUGCCGUGCUCAAGAGUACGUGUGGUAGUUGGUGGAUCGUCAGGUGGUUGGCACACACCACACCGCGCGAUAGUUAUGGAGUACUAG